AUGCUUCAUGUGAACAAUAUUGGGGGACAAGACAAAUUUUUGGGACUUUCGGCAAUCAUUUUUCAUUCUAAGGCUCAGUCUUUUGAGGCUAUCAAAUCCAAAAUUCUUAGCAAAGUGGAGGGAUGGAAAGAACAUCUUCUAUCUCAAGGCGGGAAGGAAGUGCUAAUCAAAUCUAUCCCAGCGGCUAUCUCGAUCUUUGCCAUGUCUUAUUUUCGCCUGCUAUCCUCUCUUUGCAAGUCUCUUAAUAGUAUACUUGCCAAUUUUUGGUGGGGACAAAAAGAUCAAGAGAGAAAGAAUCACUGGAUAUCCUGGAAAAACAUUUUCCAUUCCAAAGCUGUCGGAGGUCCAGGAUUUAGAGAUUUUGAGCUCUUUAAUAUGGCCUUAUUGGCCAAACAGGGAUGGAGAAUCAUAUCAAAGCUAACAUCUCUAGUUGCUCGGGUUCUUAAAGGUCGUUAUUUCCCUUUUACUUCUUUUUUGACAGCCAAGCAGGGAGCUCGACCUUCUUGGGCAUGGCAGAGCAUCCUUUGGGGUAGAGAACUUCUUGAGAAAGGAUUGAGAUGGAACUUUCAAGAUGGGAAAUUAAUUUUGUGCAAACAGGACAAAUGGAUUCCUAAGUCUUUUCCCCAUUAUCCACAGGUUAAAGAAAGCUCAAAUCCCUCAAUAUUGUGGGUGGCUCAAUUAGUUAAUUGGAAUACGAGCACGUGGAAUUUGGAUAACCUUAAGGCAAACUUUGAAGAAGAAGAAAUAAGCAACAUUCGUUCUAUUCCGAUCAGCCUUUUUAGUAGAGAGGACUCCUUGAUUUGGUACUUUCCUAACUCUGGGUCAUAUACGGUGAAAUCUGGCUAUAAGGUGGCAUGUUAG